UUUGGGGCAACUGAUUGCAAACACGGAAAAGACAAGAAGCAGAAGUCAAGCGUGUGUUAGUGCAGUAUUUCAUUUUUCGUCUGCGUUUCUUGUUUUUGUUUUGUUCUUUUUUUUCGUUCUAUGGAUUUUCUACAGUUUCUAUCAUGGGCAUGCAUCGUGUUUACUAUACUGAUGUUCUCGUCAGGACUGACGGACCUGAAGAAAAUGAGAGAAGCACGGAGUUCAGAUAACAUUCAGUUUCUUCCUUUUCUCACUACUUUGCUCAACAACCUGGGCUGGCUGUACUAUGGGGUCCUGAAGAAGGAUGGCACACUCAUUAUUGUCAAUAGCAUUGGGGCUGUCCUGCAGGCACUCUACGUCCUGACCUACUACCACUACAGCAGCGGCAAGUGGCGCGUGUGCAGACAGACGCUCGCUGCCGGCCUCCUGCUUGCUGCCGGCUGGCUUUACUUCGGCGUUGUACUUGCCCAGGGCGAGCAGAAGCUGGCCCGGCUGGGUCUGGCCUGCAGCAUCUUCACCGUCACUAUGUAUGUGUCGCCCCUCAUCGACCUGCUGGAGAUCAUGCGCAGUGGCUCCGUCGAGCGCCUCUCCUUCCCGCUGACCGUGGCCACCUUCCUCACCUCCUCCUCCUGGACACUGUAUGGUCUCCAGCUUCAGGAUUACUACAUCAUGGUGCCCAACACCCCCGGCAUCAUCACCAGCCUCGUCAGAUUCCUGCUUUUCUGGACUUUUUCAACAACCAGCUCUGUGAAGCCUUCCUACAAGCUGCUGCCACUGUGAAGAAGGAAGAGGAGCAGAAGGAGGGACUUUCCUACCUGUGUCUGUGUUUUUUUUUUUUUUUUCUUUUUUAUUCUGUGACAUGGUUUUCGCUUUGGGGAGCGGCCUGUCGAUCUGGUAGUUGUCAGGAUGUUCUCCCUAACGAGAGCAGCCUCUGUUCACUGUGGCCAAACAGUUCAGCUGAAUCACUCUUCAUGGAAAUCACGACAUGGGGCUAAUUUCUGUUCUGAAAGAUUUAAAACAUGAAAACAUCCUACUUUCCAGUUAUUUAUGGGCAUUGGUGGCAAGGCUAAAAUUUUUUGUCUUUAUAAAUAUUACAUACUAAGUGAAACAAUAGCAUUGCCUUCAGAGUGCAACUAGAGAAAAGGCUGAUUUUCACAACUGUAAAUACAUUUUUUAUAUAUUUUUAAGACUGUACAGAAAUAUAAUGCUAUUUUUCUGUCUUCACAUCUGCAUAAUACCUCCUUGAUGUAAUAUGAAGCUGCCCAUUUGUUUUCUAACCUCUUUUCCCGAUCAAGGUCACGGGGUGUUAUAUCACAUGCUGUAGUUACAAUAUAAGCAUCUCGUUUUAUGAAAUUCCCUUUGCUUCUCGCAGAGCCGUCCCACAUCUGGUGCUGUGUCCUGCGCACCCCCUCCCGGUAUGGGCUGGGUGUAAUUCACUACGGCAGGCACCUCCUUGCUGCUGGCCUCUGUACUGCCUGACUGCUGGUGUUAAGCAGGUCAUUCAUAGCUGGAGGGAGGUCACAUGAUCUCGAACGGCAGACUAAUCAGAAGCUCAGGGUGUGUAAUUAAGGGGCCACACUCUCAGUAUCACACAGCUCGCCGGUGUCACUAUCAGAUCUCAUUCUUGUCAUCCAUCCAGCCGGUUUCCAUGAGCACCUUUCCAGUGAAGCUUUGCAGUGCGCCUCUCCAAGGAUGGGAUGCCAGUCAGUCACAGGCCUCUCACACUCCCGCAUGUUUGGGAUAGUCGGACCUCCUAACCCUUCUGCUUUUAACUGCAGGAGAAAACUUGCAGUGUACUCAAAGAAAACUGGCGCAAAUGCAGGGAGACCAUGACAGCUGGCCACGCAGAGCAUGGGGUGGGAGUCAACCGCAUAUCCUGCAGGUGUGAGGUCACAGUGCUGUGAAAUGAGAUUGCGAGUGUUAUAAAUGACCACUGGUUUCACAAGUGACACAUGAAAAUUAAGCGGUUGCUGUUGCGUUAAUCCAGCAUCAAGUUGUUGGCUCAGAACCUCAUCUGCCUGACAUCCUUUAACUGCUUGUCCUAUUCAGGGUCAUAGGGGGGUCUGGAGCCUAUGGGCACAAGACAGGGAGCAAACCAGGCUGGGGGGGCGAAUCACAGGGCACAUUCACACCUUUGGGCAAUUUGGUACCUCCAAUUUACCUCAGCAUGUUUUCAGACUGGGGGGGGAAACUGCACGAUAACACUGGGAAAACAUGCAAACUCGACUUGAACCCUGGUCCUAGAGGUGUGAGGCAACAGCACUAACCACUGCAUCACUGGACUUAGCCACAGAUAAUGAACAAGCAUAAGUUUUCCCAGUUAAUUUAAUAGUGAUUUCCUUCUUAGAUUUAAAUCUAUUUCAACAAAAGAGGGUCCUGUGAAUCCCCUUGAUUAACCAUCAUUAAAAUACAAGUUGGUAGAGCUUUCUGGAAA